GUCGGACGUCGGAGGGUGGUGAUGGUUGACUCCAUGCUCAAAUUACAUUGAAAGAGACCAGUACAUAAGAGUGGAAGAGAAUCAUCGAAUAUGCAACACUCAACUUCAGACCAUAACCGCAAGAACCAUGCUAUUACUAUUUCGUCAAUUGUUUGCUUCCGUUCCUAAGCCGAACACUUCCUACGCCGGCAAAACUGUUAUCGUAACAGGCUCCAAUGUUGGGCUUGGACUAGAGGCUGCACGACACUUCACGAGCCUUGGAGCCUCAACGGUAAUUCUGGCUGUCCGGUCGAUUUCUAAGGGCAACGCUGCAAAGGAAGAUAUUGAAACAAGCACCGGAGUCAAGAAUGUUGUACAAGUAUGGCAUCUUGAUAUGUCGUCAUACCAAUCAGUUAUCGACUUCGCCGCCCGUGCUGAAAAGGAGCUUGCACGACUAGACACGGUCGUUUUGAAUGCGGGCAUAGGACCUAUGAAAUGGGAGGUUUUUGAGCAAGACGAGUCAACACUCACUGUGAACGUUGUCUCUACUUUCCUUCUUGCACUCGCUCUACUCCCGAAACUGAAGAGCACUGCGACUACGUUCAGCACACGACCGAACCUCACAGUGGUGGGGUCAGAAAUGCACUUUUUUGCGCGGUUUCCCGAGAAGAACGCCCCAGAAGGGCAAAUUUUCAAGACAUUGAAUGUCGAGAAUCAAGACAUGCGGGAGCGUUAUAAUUUGUCCAAGCUACUGGUAAUGCUUUUCGUCCGAGCGAUGGUAGACCAAAAGGCCGUUUCGCAAAUGCCUGUCACCAUCAACUGUGUCUGUCCCGGAUUCUGCCAUUCUGAAAUUGCCCGCGAAGUUACUGGUCCGUCGAAAAUUGUCAUGAUCGCUAUGAAAGCCAUUUUCGCACGCAGCACGGAAGCUGGUGGUCGAACGCUGUUUUACGCAGCCAGCCAAGGGUCAGAAACUCAUGGAAAAUUCCUAAUCAACUGUCGGGUCAGUGAUCCGUCGCCUUUUGUACUGAGCCCUGAAGGAGGCGUGGUACAGAAACGGGUAUGGAAUGAGCUGGUGACAAAGGUGGAGGCAAUCAAGCCUGGAAUUACGUCCGAUUUGAAGGGGUAA